CCUCUGCAAGCUGACAACCGAUUUCCACCAACUUUACUUCUAUUUCUACUCUUUUACACUUUUCUGAUUUAUCUUCUCCCUCGUGUGGAAGCCUGAGCAGAGCAUCACUUGGAGAAAGCCUGACUUUCAGGAGGACAAGCUGAGAGGAAGCACCCAGAGCAGCGGGGCUGCAGGUCCCUCUGGGGGGGCACCAUGCUGCGCUACCUGAUCAAGACCCUGCUGCAGAUGAAUCUAUUCACCGACACCAUCAGGAACCCAUCCAACGGCAGCGAUCUGUUCUUCAACGAGUCUCUGCCGUCCUUUAACAGCUCGCUGCUGGACUGGGGGAACUUCACGGGCUCCAACGGAUCUCGUCCCAGGCUGGAGGACGCCGCUCCUCGGAUCAUCGAGCAUCCAUCUGACCUGAUCGUGUCCAAAGGAGAACCGGCCACUCUGAACUGUAAGGCCGAGGGGCGGCCCACGCCCACGGUGGAGUGGUACAAAGAUGGCGAGCGCGUGGAGACGGACCGGGAGGACCCUCGAUCCCACCGCAUGCUGCUGCCCAGCGGGUCGCUCUUCUUCCUGCGAAUCGUGCACGGCAGGAGGAGCAAACCGGACGAAGGCGUUUACGUGUGCGUGGCGCGCAACUACCUGGGCGAAGCCGUCAGUCGCAACGCGUCGCUGGAGGUGGCAAUUCUGAGGGAUGACUUCCGUCAGACUCCCAGCGACGUGGUGGUAGCAGCGGGCGAGCCCGCCGUCAUGGAGUGUGUUCCACCCAGAGGCCAUCCUGAGCCCACCAUCUCCUGGAAGAGGAACAACAUCCGGGUCAACGACCGCGAUGAGAGGAUCACUAUCCGAGGAGGAAAGCUGAUGAUUUCCAACACCAGGAAGAGCGAUGCUGGCAUGUAUGUGUGUGUGGGAACAAACAUGGUUGGUGAGAAAGACAGUGAUCCAGCUGAACUGGUCGUGUUCGUGCCUCCUCAGAUCGUCGUCAGGCCGCGAGACCAGAUCACAGCUCCGGGUCGGACCGUGACCUUCCUCUGCGGUACCAAGGGAAACCCCCCGCCUGCCGUCUUCUGGCAGAAAGAAGGCAGCCAGAUCCUGCUGUUCCCCAUCCAGGAGCCUUCUCAGUCCAGUCGUUUCUCCGUGUCUCUGAGCGGCGAGCUCACCAUCGCCGACGUGCAAGUGGAAGACUCUGGCUUCUACAUCUGCCAGGCCAUCAGCGUGGCUGGAAGCAUCCUGACCAAAGCCCUGCUGGAGGUGGAAAGCGGUGAGUCUGAACAGCAGCGAGCAGAAUGGAGGUUGAGCAAUGACUGA